GAGUAUGGAAUUGAAAAUAAUUGAAUCAGCUAAAAUUAUUUUUAGGCAAUUGUCAACUUAAAUUGUCAACAGUUAUAAUAAUAAUUGUUAUUAUUACGUUAUUACUAUUAUUAUUAUUAAAAUACAUUUGGCAUUUUAAACGAAUUUUAUCAGCUAAAAUAUAUUUAGAUGUAGAAAAAAAUUAUUCUUUUUUUUUUUUAUUUUUUUUUAUUUUUUUGCUCAGGCACUACUUGGUCGUCAAUAUUGCUUGUCAUCAUUCAAGACCUCAAGAUCAACAUGGCGGCCACCGGUUCAAAAUCGGUUCUUUUCGUCUGUCUGGGGAAUAUCUGCAGGUCCCCCAUCGCUGAAGCUGUUUUUAGGAAACUGGCAACUGAUUCUGGUGUUGUUGAUCAGUGGAGGAUAGACAGUGCUGCCACCUCCACCUAUGAGAUAGGAAACCCUCCAGACCACCGCGGUCAGGCAUGCAUGAAGAGACACAACGUGCCCAUGAAGCACGUGGCUAGGCAGGUGACCAAGGACGAUUUUAUGAGCUUCAGCUACAUUCUAUGCAUGGACGAUAGCAAUUUGAGUGACUUGAACAGAAAAGCGAAAUCGGUGAAAAACAGCACCGCAAAGAUCGAGCUCCUCGGUUCAUAUGACCCACAGAAUGAGCUCAUCAUCAAAGACCCGUAUUAUGGGGACGACAAAGACUUUGAGAAGGUCUAUGAACAGUGUCUGCGCUGCUGCAGAGCUUUCCUGGAGAAAAACGCCUAACCCACUGCUGAGAUUCAAGGAGAAACCUGAAAUAUCAACCUGAUAUUGUCAUACGAGCACUUACCAUUAUAGUUAAUCAAACCACCGAAAGACUCAUAUAUUUUUGGAUUGUUUGAACAAAAGAUAAGAGAGUUACAGCUCAAAGUAUUUAAAAAAAAGGAAGUUUUGAGGGAUUUGUUAUUAGAAGUUGUUCAUUUUUGCAUCUUAAGUUUACAAACUGAAAGUUGUUAAAGAAACGCCUCAUAGUAACUUAAAUCUUUUAAGCAAACAAAUAAUAAGCUGGAUUUAAAAUAAGAUUGUAAAUUCUUAUUGUUGCUUUUGUUAAAAAACUGUUUGAAGACCAAAUAAUAACUUGUGGAAAAGCUGUUAUUUCACUGUAGUUACAAUACAAAAAUAAUUGCUUAAAUUAAAUGUCCUUUUCAAGUCUUGAAACUGAAUUUGAACUUCCUAAAGUAGCAAUAAAUAUUCAUUUACAGCAAAAAUCUAUUUGGAUUUGAACAGAGAAAUGAAGUAAAGAAAUCUGCUGGAAUUC